GAAAUAUUCAAAAAUUAUAAAAAUUAGAAGAAAUUAUUAUUAUUUUUCCCUAAAAUUAAUUCAUUUUACUUUGUAUAAAUUUUAUAUUUUUAAUCAUUUUAUAAAAUUAGAAUAAGUAUGCAACCACAAAGUCCUCAAUAUCAUCAUAAUCUUCAGGGAACACCGCCACCUUAUCCACAAAAGGAACAGUUUAUUUACUACCCGUCUACACCUGCAUCUCCAGGCUUGUUUUAUCCUACUCCGCCUCCUCCUACCGUUUCUCCUCCUUAUCCUUUACAGUAUCCUUACGGUCAGACCGUAAUUUUGCGAGAACACUCCCGGAAUGGCUUAAUGGAGAAGUGUUGGCUCUUAGCUUGCUGCUAUCCUUUGCUGUUUUGCUUAAGUCCCUGCUGUUGUUGCUACGACUGUUUUGACUAACUACAGUUUAUUUUUAUCAUAAGUACAUUUUUUAUUUUUAUCAUCAUCUCUUUCGAUGACAGGUAUAUUCCACGACAGAAUAUUUUAUGAUAAAACUCGUACAUUAAUUAAAAACGCGUCAAAAUUUUUGAAGCUAAGUGGUGGUGAAUUAAAAUUUAACAAAAAAAUACAAGUAAAAA